AGCAAAUGUCUUUUUCUGUUUUCCAUUUUGAUUGAAGCGUGCGAGAAAUCGUCGAAGGUACGAUUUUGCGAUAAUUGUGUGCAUAUUCUGUAUUCUAUAAGAAAAAUUAUCUAUUGUUUAUAAAAAUUUCACAAAAAUGCCGCCUAAAAGGGGAAAGGUUCAAAAAGAAGAAGUUCAGGUCUCCCUUGGUCCUCAAGUUCGUGAAGGAGAAGUAGUUUUUGGUGUUGCUCACAUUUUUGCAAGUUUUAAUGACACGUUUGUACAUGUGACUGACUUAUCUGGAAGGGAAACUAUAGCAAGAGUUACUGGUGGUAUGAAAGUAAAAGCGGAUCGUGAUGAAGCUUCUCCGUAUGCUGCUAUGCUUGCAGCACAGGAUGUUGCAGAAAAAUGCAAAUCCCUUGGUAUUACAGCAUUGCAUAUUAAAUUAAGAGCGACAGGUGGAAAUAAAACAAAAACACCUGGACCUGGUGCACAGUCUGCAUUACGUGCUCUCGCACGUUCUAGUAUGAAAAUUGGUCGUAUCGAGGAUGUAACUCCUAUUCCAUCAGAUUCGACACGUAGAAAGGGAGGUCGUCGUGGUCGCAGAUUGUAAAUGAUUUUAGAUGUAUACAUGAUUAAAUUCUUUUCAAUAAACACAUAAAAAGAACAAACGA